AUGGGGAUCGGUCUUGACCAGCUAUGUCCAGCCCAUGUGCCGCUUAAAGGCUUCACAAGUGACAUUUUUCAACUGAUGGAAGCCACCACCCUGUCCGUCUUGGCUGGGAAGGCCCACAGGACCGCUGCAACCAUGGUCGAUUUCUUGGUAGUUAAAGCCCCCUCCUCGUACAAUGCCAUACUGGAGUGUCCCACGCUUAACAAUUUGAGGGCAUUAACAUCCACCUACCACCUCAAAAUGAAGUUCUCCACAGACCUAGGAGUGGGAGAAGUUCAUGGUGAACAAGUCCUAGCUCGGGAAUGCUAUGCUCAGGAGCUGAGGUAUGAAGUUAGGGUGGUCGCGACAAUUGGAGAGGUUGGAGAGACGGUCGGGCCACCUUCACCACCCAUCUUGGCCAAGUGGGAUGAAGAGGUUCGAGACAAACAGGCCCUCUGA